AUGACGGAUCCGCGAAUCACAUCGCCAACCCCGCUGCCGGUCAAACAAUUCACCGACAACUUUAUGCCGCUGUCAGAUCUCGACAGUCUUCACCCAGCUUAUAACAUCAUGAUAAACAGAAAGAUCCCUCUCGCAUCUUACCUCUUUACACGCCUCAGACAGGCAGGUACAAGACGCGUAUAUGGCGUCCCAGGCGACUUCACCCUCCGAGCUCUCGACCAUCUCCCACGUUCAGGGCUCAAGUUCGUCGGAUGCUGCAACGAGCUGAACGCCGGAUACGCAGCGGAUGGGUAUGCUCGCGCUCAGCGCCAUCGCAAAGGAUCUGGAAUUGGGGCGUUGAUAACGACUUAUGGCGUCGGCGAGCUAAGUGCCGCUAAUGCCGUCGCUGGAAGCUAUGCGGAGUACUUGCCGGUUGUUCACAUCGUCGGAACGCCUUCGCGACGCGCAAGGCAGGUCUCGUGUUCGUCUGUGGGCGGGAAGAAACCGCAUUUGCAUAUUCAUCAUACGAUGGCUGACUCCAGAAUUGGGGUUUAUCGCGAGAUUGCGGAGAAGUUUACGGUUGCGCAGCUUGAUCUUGCUGAUACGACGCCGGAGGAGGUGCCAGCUCAGAUCGAUAGAGUUCUGUCCCAAGCGCUUCACCACAACCGACCGGUCUACAUAGAGAUGCCGUCAGAUGUUGUAGAGACGGAAAUAUUGUCGGACAAACUAGAUGAUCCGAUAGAUCCGAAUCCAGACACGGUUCGCAACCCUGACGCUGACAAAAUGGCACAGGGUCUUCUACAGAAGCUUUAUUCAGCCAAGCGACCUCUUAUUAUCGUCGAUCGAGCUGAAGGUGCAGAGACGAUCAGACAAGAGAUCAACGAAUUCGUUCGAAAAUCAGGCAUUCCUACAGUGUCUUUGCCAUCAGGAGCUAGCAUGGUGGAUAAUUCGCUGCCCAACUACUUUGGCGUUUACUCAGGCUCCAUCGGAACGGUUGAUUUGACGUCGGAAGUCAAAUCAGCAGACCUUGUCUUGGCCUUUGGGUGUCAACUUUCUGAUACACAAACGCUUGGUUGGGCGGUGUUGCCAGAACGAAAUGUCAUGACUCUCAUUGGCAGGAACCAUGUCGAGGACCAACCUGUUGACGUCCAAGAUGUCCUCAAGGAGAUGACUCAGAAGCUUGAUACAACUCGGCUGCCACUUCAAGAUACGUCCUCAUGGGGGGACUUUGGAAACCAACCGCAGUUUGAGGUCUUUCCCAAGGCGUAUAUCAUCCAAGAUGAGUUCUAUAUCCACUUGAACAAACAUCUACAACCCAACGACACAGUCUUGCUAGGCAAUGCGACACCAAUCAUAGGAGGCCGCGAUUUAGUUCUUCCACCAUCUUCUCAGCUGAUCGCAUCUGGAAUGUGGUUCUCAAUCGGUCACAUGCUCCCAGCCGCUCUUGGGGUCUCGCAAGCAAAGGCAGUCAUGAAGUCCAAAGGUCGCACGAUUCUGCUUGACGGGGACGGGAGCUUCCAGAUGACAGCCCAAGAACUCAGCACUAUUAUUCACCAGCGCGCCAACGUGAUUAUCUUUAUUAUCAAUAAUAGCGGGUAUACCUAUGAAAGAUACAUCCAUGGAAUGCAUGAGGCGUACAAUGAUGUGGCGCCUUGGAACUACAGUGCUGCACCUCAGUUAUUUGGGGAUGCACCGGAAGGGUAUCUGAUUCACUCUUGCAAAGUGAGAAAUAUGGAAGAAUUGGAUGAAGUUCUCAACUCCGAGGGCUUUGUUAAGGGCAAGGGCCUGACUCUUGUUGAUGUUGAGAUGGAUAUGUAUGAUAUCUCCGAAAAGGCUAAGAUUCUAUUUGAGUUGGCUGGAAAGCAGCUGUGA